GUCAUUGUGGGUGUGUUCUAAUAAAAUAAUAAUCAUGGAGAAUCCCAAUGCUGAUACUGAGUGGAAUGAUAUUCUCAGAUCUAAAGGGAUAUUGCCUCCUAAAGAGAAAGGGAUCACAGAGGAUGCCGUGGUACAGAUAGUAGACGAUGUAAUUAACCAGAGGGUUGUGAGUGAAGGAGAAGGAGUGUCUUCAAAGCCAAUAGAAGACAUGACACUCGAUGAAUUGGAGGAAUUAGAAGAUGAUGCUGAUGAGAGAAUACUCCUGGAGUACAGACAAAAGAGAUUGGCAGAAAUGACAGCUGUACAGCGGAGAGCUGUUUUUGGGUCAGUUAUAGAGAUAAGUGGUGUAGACUAUGUGGACCAGGUCAACAAGGCUGGGGAUGGAGUGUGGGUAGUACUUCACUUGUACAAACCUGGUAUUCCUUUAUGCACACUAGUCAAUCAGCAUAUGGUAAAUUUAGCUGCCAGGUUCCCGGCGACAAAGUUUCUCAAGAGCGUGUCCACUACCUGCAUACCCAACUAUCCUGACAAAAACCUCCCGACAAUUUUUGUAUAUUUUGAGGACGAUCUCAAGGGUCAGAUGAUUGGACCAUUUGAAUUUGGUGGAAUGAAGAUCUCCCUUGAAGAGUUAGAAUGGAAGUUAUCAGAGAUUGGUGCAGUGAAGACUGAUAUUGAAGAGAAUCCUUGGAAGAAGAGAGAGAUUGCCGAUGUGAUGAAAAUGACUGUCAGGGGCAAUUAUAAAGACCCUGAUGACUCUGAUGAAGAUGAUGACUAGCAGUUAAUUUUUUAUUUUUCACUCUUAUUAAUAAUUAAUAAUUAAUUUUGGCAAUAAU